AUGGGCGCUUAUCCUUCUACUGAUCCGCAUACAUAUUGUGUUCCAACAGAUGAAAAAACAGACGAAAACUGUGGCCCCGUGUAUAUUAAUUACAACAGAAUCCUUCAAGUUGGUGGAGCAUAUAUUGCUACAUUCAGAAGCCAACCAGAUGUUCUGACAACACCACAAUUACUUAAAGGAUCAAGUAUCAAAUACAAUGAUCAUGAUUGCUUUGGCGAAAGAGAACUUUUAGCUGACGGAAAAUACGGAAAAUAUAAAUGGAUUAGUUAUAAAGAAUUUUAUGAAAGAGUAAAGCAGUUUGCUGCAGGAUUACAACAAAUAGGAGUAGGAUAUGGUGAUUCAGUUGGUAUUUACUCCCAUAACUGCUUAUAUUGGCAAAUUGGUCAAUACGCAGCUCAUUUGCUCGGAGCUGUUUGUGUUCCAGUGUAUGAUUCGUUGGGAGCAGGUGCAGCAUCAUAUAUCGUGAAUCAUGCUGAAUGCAAAGUAGUUAUUGCUCAUACAACAAAACUCGAAUCAGCUCUUCACAUUUUAGAAGAACCAAACACACCAUUGAAGAAUAUUAUAGUCAUUGGUAAUGAAGUACCAGCUGAACAUUCAAAUAUUUACACAUGUGACCAAAUAUUGGAAAAUGGUAAAAAAGUAACAGAUUUCAAGCCAUAUCCAGUUGUUCCAACCGAUGUUGCCAUCAUUAUGUAUACAUCUGGCUCAACGGGUACUCCUAAGGGCUGUGUUUUGACACAUCGAAAUAUUAUUGCAGGAGGAACAGGUCUUGCUGAUUCAAAUGUCUCUAUUACUAAAUCAGAUACAUACAUUUCAUUCCUUCCUCUCGCCCACAUCUACGAACUCGCUUCACAGACUUGUUUCCUUGCACAAGGCGUCAGAAUUGGUUUCUACACAGGAAACAUAAGGAACAUCAUGGACGAUCUUCAAGCACUUAGACCAACAAUGAUGCUCGUAGUUCCUCGCGUCUUUAAUAAGAUUGCUGAAACAAUGAACCAAAAAAUUAACAAAUUACCAACACCAAUGAGACUUCUCAUUCGUGGAGCACUAAAACUUAAGGAAGAUGCUCUUUUCAAUGACAAACCAACGUCAUUAUUGAUAGAUAACUUCAUUUUCUCGAAAUUCCGUGAAGCUCUUGGCGGAAAGAUCAGACUUAUUGUAUCUGGAGGAGCCCCAAUUUUACCAGAGGUCUACAACUUCCUUCGUGCUGCAAUUACUCCAAAUAUCAUCCAAGGAUACGGACUUACAGAGAUUUCUGCUGCUGGCUGCAUCCAACAGAUCAAUUCAAAGAAUCCAAUGACUGUUGGUGCCUGCGCAAUCUCAACAGAUAUGAAAUUGAGGAAAGUUGAAGGAAUGGAUUACGAUCCACACGCAAAGAAUCCAUCAGGAGAAAUUCUCUUUCGUGGUCCAUCAAUUUUCAUCAGAUAUCAUAAGGAUGAAGCCUUAACAAAAGAAUCAUUACAAGAUGGAUGGUUCGCAACAGGAGAUAUUGGAAUAAUAACAAGUGAUGGAACAGUACAAAUCAUUGAUAGAGUCAAACAAUUAGUUAAACUCUCUCAAGGAGAAUAUAUUUCUUUGACAUCUUUAACUGAUACAUAUUCCAAUACAAAAGGUGUAUCAGGAAUCUACAUAUAUGCUGAUGGCCACCACAACCAUCCAAUUGCUGUUAUUGUUCCAACAGAAAACCAAAUUAAGGCUUGGAAGGAAGCAGGUAUAGAUAAUUUCAAGGAAUCAAAGAUCGCAAAUGAUGAAAUGCUCAAGAACCUUGACGAACUUGCUAAGGAACGCAAUCUCAGAGGAUUUGAGAAAUUACCAGCAAUUAUCCUUGAUGAUGUCGAGUUUACAAUAGAAAAUGGCCUCCUCACUCCUUCUCAGAAGCCACAGCUCUCAAAACUUAAGUCUAAAUAUGAAGCAAGACUUGUCGAAUUGUACGACCAACAUCCUGAGCUUAGAGGCUAA